UCUAGGGGCGUUGAGUCAGAUCUGUUUCUCCAUUGUACUCUAUUGAAAUUGAAUUGAAGAGAAGAGAAAGCACGGCCAUCUACCUAAUGACAACGACAAAUUCCUUCUUUUAAGGAGGCCAAUGAUCUUUAACUACAAACUGAGCCGGGUUUGAUGCGCCAUGUUCCUGUCCAACAGCUUUUAGCAAGGCGAGGAGGAGACAAAUGGAAGAUAGGAGCCAUGGCUUGGCACUGGGGGUGAGCUUCCUCCUACUCCUCAUCGUCACCGUUGUCACCGCGCAGAGCGAGAAGAACAAGACCACCGUGGUGAGCCAUCUCCCUGGCUUCCAUGGCCCCCUUCCCUUCUCACUGGAAACAGGCUAUGUGCAAGUGGACGACCGCAAUGGCGUCCGCCUCUUCUACUACUUCGUUCAGUCGGAGAGGAGCCCGGCGGAGGAUCCCGUCUUGCUCUGGCUCACCGGCGGCCCGGGGUGCUCCGCCUUCUCCGGCCUUGCCUACGAGAUCGGCCCUCUCCGCUUUCAGCCUGAUUCCUACACCGGUGGUCUGCCAGAGCUGGUGUACAGACAAGAUUCUUGGACCAAGGCUAGUAACUUCUUUCAGCCACCCAUCUAGGACUUUAUUCGAUCACUAAUUAAUCAUGUAAGUACAAUUGCAGCUUCUAAUUAUGCUUCUGUCUAACCACCACUAGGUUGCCAAUGUAAUCUUUCUGUCUAAUUAUACAUGUCAUUCACGC